AACUAUUCCUCAUCUGUAGUCGAUUUAAGUAGUGGAUUUGCAUUGCUAUUAGCAUAAAAUUAAUAAGCAAAUCUUGUGUAUUCAUUCUUAGAGAAAAUGGUGCUUCAAGCUAUGAGACGUUCUGCAAAUCUUGCGCGUAGUCUACACCAAUUGAGCCAACGCAAUUGGGUGCAUUCACCGCUUAUCAAGAGAGGAUUGGCGUCUGAAGCUUAUCGUGUCGAAUCGGACACAUUUGGCGAACUCAAAGUUCCAGCUGACAAGUAUUAUGGUGCCCAGACAAUGCGUUCUAAGUUGAAUUUUCCGAUUGGCGGAUCUUCUGAGCGCAUGCCGCAACCGGUUAUUCAAGCGAUGGGAAUUUUAAAAAAAGCUGCUGCUGAGGUUAACAAGGAGUUUGGUCUUGACGCCAAGGUCAGUGACGCUAUUUCGAAAGCUGCUGACGAUGUCAUAUCCGGUAAAUUGUAUGAAGAUCAUUUUCCCUUGGUGAUUUGGCAAACAGGUUCAGGCACACAAACUAAUAUGAACGUCAAUGAGGUGAUCAGCAACCGUGCCAUUGAAUUGCUGGGUGGUGAAUUGGGUUCAAAGAGCCCUGUCCAUCCUAAUGAUCAUGUGAAUAAAUCGCAGAGCUCUAAUGACACAUUCCCUACAGCUAUUCAUAUUUCGGUUGCAUUGGAACUCAACAAUAACCUUAAACCUGCCAUAAAAAUUUUGCAUGACGCUCUUAAAGCGAAAUCUGAAGAAUUCAAGGAUAUCAUCAAAAUCGGACGUACACAUACUAUGGAUGCAGUGCCACUGACGUUGGGUCAAGAGUUUAGCGCUUAUGCUCAGCAAAUGGCAUAUGCACUCGAUCGCAUCGAUGCCGCUCUGCCGCGCGUUUAUGAAUUGGCUUUGGGCGGUACAGCUGUUGGCACUGGCCUUAACACCCGUAUUGGCUUUGCGGAAAAAUGUGCCGCACGCAUUGCUCAACUUACUAAACUGCCUUUUGUAUCAGCGCCAAACAAGUUUGAAGCCUUGGCAGCACGUGAUGCAAUGGUGGAAGUACAUGGUGUUUUAAAUACAAUCGCCGUUAGCUUAAUGAAAAUUGGAAACGAUAUUCGUUUCCUCGGUUCGGGUCCACGUUGCGGCUUGGGUGAACUGAUGCUGCCAGAAAAUGAGCCAGGCAGUUCGAUUAUGCCAGGUAAAGUGAAUCCAACUCAAUGCGAAUCACUAACUAUGUUAGCAGCGCAAGUUAUGGGCAAUCAUGUUGCGGUAACUGUAGGCGGCGCCAAUGGACAUUUCGAAUUGAAUGUUUUCAAACCUUUAAUCGUCUCGAACGUUCUACGUUCUAUUCGUUUGCUAUCUGAUGGCUCACGCACAUUCACCUCCAAUUGUGUCAAUGGAAUACAGGCGAAUCGCGAUCGUAUUGGAAAGAUCAUGGCUGAAUCCUUGAUGUUAGUGACUGCAUUGAAUCCCCACAUCGGUUACGAUAAAGCUGCCAAGAUUGCUAAGACUGCCCAUAAGAAUGGCACCACUUUGAAGGAGGAAGCCAUCAACUUGGGCUACCUAACUGCCGAACAAUUUGAGCAAUGGGUUAAACCAUCGGAAAUGUUGGGUCCAAAAUAAUUAUUGAGACUUAUUUUUAUAUUAAAUAUUUAUAUAAAGCGAAUUGAAAUCUAACGAUACUCUAAAAUGAUAGUCAUGAUGUGAAACACUAUUUAAAUCUGAACGAAUGAAAUACACAAGAUUGCUGGUACUUAUCUAGUAUAAGGCGAAACUGGCAGAAGUUA